AUGUACAAUCCGUACCAGCAACAAGGUGGGUUUAUCCCACAGCAGACAGGAUUUGGAGCAAGUGGGGGUCCUGGCGGCUAUCAACAACAACAACAGCCGCCGCUUCAACAGCCGUCAUUCAAUUCAAAUGAGUUCUUCCAGCCCCCACCAUUACAAGGACAAGCCACGGGGUUCUAUCAACAGCAGCAACAGCCUCAAUACCCGAGCCAGUAUGGUGGCGCGGGAUACGGGCAACAACAACAACAACAGCCAAUGGGGGGCGUUCUGGGGUUCAAUCAGGCGCCUCAGUUGCAGCCUCAAGUCACGGGCUACAUCCAGACGCAACCCACGGGGUUUCAAAUGGCCGGAGCAGGAGGAGCGAAUGUUACUGUUGUGGAGAAUAUGGCCCUCAAGAUUCCUUCUAUCCGGUUAUCUUUCAUCAAUGCCGACGAUCAGAAGAAGUAUGAGCAUUUGUUCCGUACAGCCGUGCCCAAAGGGGAGCUGGCCAUAUCGGGCGAUGGAGCUAGUGAGAUCUUGAUGAGAUCCGGUUUAAAGCCGGUAGUAUUGGCUGAGGUAUGGCAAUUGUCUGAUUUCAACAAGUCCGGAUCGUUAUUGUUUCCUGAGUUUGCCUUAAGUUUGCAUUUAUGUAGCAUGGCCAAGAAGGGUGAUCAGAUCCCCCAUGUUUUACCUGAAAAAUGGAAGAAUGAAGUCCAAAGUUUCAUCGAUGCCAUAAACUUUGCUGUUCCAGAUGACGAGAACGCCAUUUUGGGGAACACACCCUUUGCAUCGUUUGCCAAAGGUGGGGGAGUCGAUGAUUGGUUGAAACCACAAGCUACGGGCGGUGGAUUUAAUACUGGUGGUGGUGCUCCUCCUACUUCAUUCCAGCCUCAAGCUACUGGGUUUGGGCAAGGCCUUCAAGGCCAAGGAGUCCCCAUGACGUCCUUUCAACCCCAAGCAACAGGUUUUGGUGCCGGUGUUACUACACCAUUGAGUUCUCAAAGAACUGGCGGUGGAACAUUGAUCCCAUUACAACCGCAACAAACUGCUGGUUUGAUUCCAUCACAAAGAACAGGUACUUUGGCCAAUCAGGGUUUCCAACAAUUGGUUACUCAAAGAACAGGAGGUGGUUUCCAACAGCCUUUGGAUAGCCAAAGAACAGGAGGAGGCACUAAUAUCCCUCAGCAACUGACAGGAUUCCAAGCUUUGGAACCACAAAGAACUGGUCUGGUUCCUAUGCAAGGCUCUGGGUUUAACCAACAGCAACAACAACCAUUAAGAGCUCAGGGUACAGGGUAUCGCGAUGCCCCACUUACACAACAAGCUACAGGCUUCCAACCUCAAGCUACAGGCUUCCAACCUCAAGCUACAGGCUUCCAACCUCAAGCUACAGGCUUCCAACCUCAAGCUACAGGCUUCCAACCUCAAGCUACAGGCUUCCAUCCUCAAGCUACAGGCUUUCAACCUCAACCAACCGGAAAACCUGGUCAAUGGGGGCUUGUACCCAUGCCAACUGGUGGUAUCCCUGGGUUACAAGCCAUGCAACAACAUUUCAUGCCAUCUUCUGAGCUUCCAAGUUACAAGUUACAGAAUGCCAUGGAUGGAAGCUUGAAGGACAAUGUUACUUGGUCAAUCACUAAGCAAGAGAAGCUGAUUUAUGAUGGCAUUUUCACAGCUUGGGACUCUUCUAGAAAGGGUUACAUUGAUGGUUCAAGUGCCUUGUCUGCUUUUGGCAAGUCUGGAUUAAGCAGAUCAGAUCUUGAAUCGAUCUGGACAUUGGUAGAUACAAGUAACAACGGGAGAUUGAAUAAAGAUGAGUUUGCAGUUGCUAUGCAUUUGAUUUACAGAAGAUUGAAUGGUUUCGACAUACCAAUUAGAUUACCACCUGAAUUAGUACCUCCAUCCACCAAGUAUUUGACUGAUUCUAUGAACACAUUGAAGGAUUCGUUGAAGAAACCUCCAUCAAAACCAGCAAGCAUCAACAAUAAUAAUUAUAGUAAUAAAGGUGGUGCUAAGACCGAUGGUUCCCGAUUCAAAAACGAUGAUUCCGAAGUGGGAUACGUCUCCAAUGCAAGACAUAGAAAGUCUUCUUCUGCUAGUGAAACCACCACCAGUGUGAAGUCUUCGUCUUCUAAGGAUUUGAGUACUGAUGAUUUGAAGAAGUUAAUUCGUGAGAAGCGGAUUUUACUUGAUGCCCUUGACACUGAAGACGAGGACAAGAUGAUUUUGAAUGCCCGUUCAUCUGAGCAUGAAUUUGAGCAGAUUGAGAAGUUAAAACUCAAAAUCAAAGAGGUUCAAAGAUCAUUGGAUUUCAAGUCCAGUUCUGGUGGUGCUGGAGACGAUGGUAAGCUGCUUCUCGACAGAGUUAACUAUUUGACUCGGGAUAAGGUGCCUGCCUUGAUAGCCAAACUCCAUCAAAUCAAUAAGGACAUCACCAACAAGAAGAUUGAACUCGCCAAACUCAAGUUAAAGAAGGAGAAUCCAGGAUGGGAACCAAAUGCCGAAGACAAGAUUGUAGGUACUGGCCCCAAUGGAGAAAUCACAGAUGUUGAUAGACGCAAACAUAAGUCCAAACAACUCUUGAAGCAACGGAUGGCAGCAUUGACAGGAAAAUCUUAUGGUGGAAGUGCAGAUGCCGAUGUUAAGCUUAACGAGAACAUUGAAGUUGCCAAUAAGGAGUUCAGCAUUCAAACUGGGAUCAUCAACGACAUUGAAUCAAGUAUCAAUGAGCUUGAAGAUGGAGCAACCAAGAGAUUGCAAGUUACUACCAAGGAAGAAGUUGGUAACCGGAAAUGGGAACAUGGAGAUGGUGUUUCUAAUGAGUUGAGCAUUUUCAUUAGAGAAUUAAAGUCGUAUUCGGAUGCCACCAAGAGAAGUUUGACCAACAAUGUUAACAAUAAUAAUAGCGAUCAUGGCUCAAGCAGCAAUUCUGUGGCUUCGAACUGGGCUCCAGCUCCGGUCUCGAACACCAGUUCUUCUUCUUCAAUCCCUACUAUCAACUCUUCCUCAACAACACCUUAUACUAAUGCUGAAGAGCGUGCUGCUUACAUCAAGGCCCAGGCAGAAAAGAAAAUGCAAGAGAGAUUAGCUAAGCUUGGGAUCCGUAGUAGAUCCAGUACGCAGACAUCAGCUGAUCAAAAACCAAAGACCACAGCUGAGGUUCCAAAGACACCGCAAGAAGAAGUUUCAAAGAAGCCAGAAACUGCAGCAGCACCUUUGCAACAACUGCAACCACAACCACAAGCUACUGAAAAGCCAAAGGCACCUGCCCCACCGGCAUCGAGGGAAGUGAAGAACAUUCAAGCUCAAGUACCAGUCUCCAAUGGAGAUAGUAAGGCCGAUGACUCUUCCUCAGACGACGAUGAAGACGAAUAUCAAGAGUUGUUGAGACAGAAGAAGCUUAUGGAAGACCGUAAGAAGGAACGAAAGUUGCAAAAGCAAAAAGAUAAGGAGAAUAGACUUGCGCAAUUGAGAAAGGAGAUGGAGGCAUUGAAGGAUGACAGUGAUGAAGAUGAAGGUGAAGCUCCAGCUGCUACUCCAGCGACCUACAAGCCUAAUUCAAGAAGUGAAGAGCCAAAGACAGAGGCAAAGACCGAAUCAAAGGCAGAACCCACUACUGUUUCAGAAGCUCCUGCUGGUGUUUCAGAGGCUCCUGGUGUUUCAGAGGCUUCUGCUACUACCAAUAAGCCUCAUGAGAGUAAUCCAUUCGCCAAGUUCAAUCAGGCUCCAGCAUCAACUACCCCUAAUGGCACGAAGAACACUACUAAUCCAUUCUUUAAGCCUACAAGCAAUGAACCUGCUAUUGAUGCGAAGAAAGUAGCAGCCCAAAGAGCUUCUCAAAGAGGAUUAGGUGAUGAUGACUGGAGUGAUGAAGAACAAAAUUCCAGUGAAGAAGAAGAAUCCCCCAACAGAGCCGGUGCUGCUCAAUUGGCUACACUUUUGUUCGGUUCAAUGGGAGGCCCCACUAGAACAGAUACUAGUUCUUCUAUUGGAACCAAUCAAGAGAAGCCCAAGGAAGAAGUUGUAGAGUCUGAAGAUGAUUGGGGUACUCCACCAAGUGAAACCAAGGAAGAUGAAGGUAGUACAGAUGAAGUUCCAGUUGAAGCGUCCCCAGUCGAAGCCCCGAAUGAAGCUGUAGCUCCCCCAAUUCCUACCGAAGUGCCUCCAAGUCUUUCAUCAGCUCCACCAGUAUCAUCAUCUGAUGUUGUCCCCCCACCUCCACCUCCACCCCUACCACCAACGGACGCUCCUCCAUUACCUUCGUCGUCAUCUAUCCCCCCUCCACCACCAAUGGAUGCUCCUCCAUUACCUUCGUCGUCAUCUAUCCCACCCCCUCCCCCACCAAUGGAUGCUCCUCCAUUACCUUCAUUGGGAGCCCCCAAUGAAACAGGACUGUCUGCUACCGCCCCCACGCCCAACAUCAAUGUCUUAUUAGGUGAAAUCCAUGGGGGUGCAAGAUUAAAGAAAGUACAAACUAAAGAAUCAACCGGUGCUACAGUUGGUAGAGUUGUUUGA